AAACCAAAACGAAGAAAUCAAAGCCGAACAGUGUUUCUGGUUCAUCUCUCUCUCUAGAGAUCGAGAGAGAGAGAGAGAGAGAGAGAGAGAGAGGGAUGGGAAUGGCGGAAAAUGGAGUGGCGUGCAAGUGCGUGGGAAGGAGGAGCCUGAACAUUCUCAGAGAAGUAUGUUUCGAUAAGAGGAAAUUUAUGAAGAAUCUCACAAACGUCUACUCAAUUCCUCACUUCAAAUGGGACCUUUCUCGGCGGAGAUCAGUUUCCGGUAAAAUUUUGAGCAUGGAUGCUCAGGAGAGAUCAAGAUCCAGAUUAUUGGUAUCAUCAAAACACAAGAAGGUUCCAAUCUUCGUGAUGGUGCCUAUUGAUUUGUUUGGUAUUGAUACUUCUGGGGCUGCCAAAAUUAGAAAAAUCAAGGCCUUAACUAUAUCUAUAAAAGCACUCAAGUUGGCAGGUGUGCACGGCAUUGCAGUUGAGGUUUGGUGGGGGAUUGUGGAGCGUGCUUCUCCUUUUGCAUAUAACUGGUCUCUUUAUGAAGAACUUUUCAAAUUGAUAUCGGAGUCAGGGUUGAAGUUGCAUGUUGCAUUGUCUUUUCAUUCAAACAUGCAUUUAACCUCAGGAGGGCAAGGAGGUGUCCGUCUUCCACUGUGGGUUUUAGAGAUUGGUCGUCACAAUAAGGAUAUUUAUUAUCAAGACUGGAAUGGUGUCUCAAAUGACGAUUAUCUUACGCUUGGGGUGGAUCAACAUCCUCUAUUUUGUGGUCGGACUGCCCUCCAAUGUUAUGAAGACUUCAUGCUCAGUUUUGUUAACAAAUUUGAAGCACUCUUGGGAACUGUAAUUGAAGAAAUAAGUGUUGGUCUUGGUCCUUGUGGGGAGCUCAGGUACCCUGCACAUCCCAUUGGCGAUGAUAGAUGGAGAUUCCCUGGAAUUGGUGAAUUCCAGUGCUACGACAAGUACAUGAUGGAAGACUUAAAGACCGCUGCUUAUGAAGUAGGCAAGCCUCAGUGGGGAAACAAGGGCCCUCGAAGUGCUGGUCGGUACAACAGCUUUCCAUCUGGGGUUCCUUUCUUUGAAGAGGGACAGGAGAGCUUUCUUUCCGAUUAUGGUCAUUUUUUCCUAGAAUGGUACAGUAGGAAGCUGACCUGUCAUGCAGAUUCUAUUCUUUCAAAGGCAGCAAAAAUGUUGGAGAAAUAUCAAGAAAAUGAGCAAAAUUCUGUUUUAUUAGUGGCUAAAAUUGGUAUUAUAUAUUGGUGGUACCAGACAGUAUCACACCCUGCUGAACUCACAGCCUGGUACUACAACACUGCUAUUAGGGAUGGUUAUGAUCCUUUGGCUUUGAUGUUGUCUCGUCACAGAGCUGCCUUGCAAAUUUCCUGCUUUGAAAUGAUGGAUAUUGAAACCCCACAAACCUACCUUUGCAGUCCAGAAGGAUUACUCCAACAGAUUAGGGAUGUGUCGAAGAAAAGGAUCAUACAUUUGACUGGAAGAAAUUCUUAUGAGCGAUUUGACAAGGUUGCACUACAACAAAUAUACACCAACUGUUACUUCCCACACGAAGAGUCUGUAAGAUCAUUUACUUGUUUUAGAAUGAACGAUAAGAUUUUCAGGGUCGACAACUGGAAUAAUUUUGUACCCUUUGUGAGAAAGAUGAGCACGUAUCCGUAGAGUUACCUCUAAACCCCAUUUUAUCUAUUUAAUAUAGCGAAGUAAUUAAACAAGACUCUCUCUCUCUCAUUGUAGUCUGCCAUAAAAAGAGAGUAGAGGGGAGGAGGGUCUUCACUUGCGAUUUUUGCUGACAGGAAAGGUUUAACCAAAGUCUGUUACUCCUUAACCCUGGUGGUUGUUUGCCAGAAAAGUAAGGCUGUGUGGACCAUUUUAUUGUUCAUUUGCCUAUGUGGCAAUUCAGAACUCCAGCAGAUGGAAUGAUAUUUGUUAGAAGGGACGUUGGUCUUGAUACCAUGCUCGAUUCUUUUCAUUAGAUUCCAGGAGAGUUUCUUGUAAAGCAAGGUAUUGUAUAAUUCAUUCCCUAUUGCAUCAAUAUGAAAUACUCUUUAUUGUUCAGAAA